AUCAUUGAUGGUCGAUUCCACACCGAAUGUAGCCACUUCAUUGCCAUGUCGACAAAGUUCCAGGACUGCCUGCGACCAAAUUGUCUCUUCAGUUCAAGACAUAUCCAUCUUAUAGCAUGCAAGUCACAAUCUUGCAUACGGUUAAUGGCCCUGCCCACCAAGAAUCCUAUUCGCAUAAGCCCUUCAAAAUGCGGCGACUGUGUCUUAAAGAUCAGAGAUGAAGUAAUGCCAAUGGUCCGAGUUUCCGGGAUGCGAUAG